AUGGAUGCUCCGCCCAUCGAAGCCCGAGGGAAAGUCUACCACCUUCGGGAGGCCACUGGCGCUGCCGCUGCCGCCCCCACCCUCUCCCACCUUCCCGGACCUUCGUGGCCGCCGCCGGUGCCCUUCCCUGCCCCCUCGUCCUCCCACCUCCCAUGCCUCCCAUACAGUCACUCCCCAAACCCUAGCUCUGCUCCUCCGCGAUCUCAGGUCUACGAUGUCCCCGAUCUCUAUGACCCGCGCUGGGGUUACGCCAGGUAUGAUCCGUGUUACGCGUACUCGGACGUGGGGACGGGCCCAGGUUUCCACGGCAUGGUGGCUUCUGUAGCUAGCGAGGGGCAGGGAUUCUAUGCAAGGGACGCUAUUCGGCAGUAUGGAAUGGAUCCUCUCGCCUAUGAAGAUGUGAGUUCAGUGCCACCUGCCACCAUCAUCAGAGCUUCUUUACUUUUUAAUCCUUUUCGGCUAUUCUUUACUCUUUGAUCCUCUGAUUUUCCUUGUUUAUGCCGUGCACUGUGGCGCGAUGAAAUGGGCUCGUGUGGUUCUGAGCACUGCUAUGUUCGAUCUUGAAUAGCCCUUUGCUAAAUGAGCAUAGUAGUUUCUCAAAGUCGUAUUUCUUCCUGGUUAUUUUGCUUUUAUGAAGAACCGCGGAUGGAGAGUAACAAUCGGAUGAUGUCGAUGUGUUCUUUCCUCUGGCAGACGUACAAUCCCUUUCUGUAUUUUAGAGGAAACAAAGCCGUUGUGGAACUUGAAAUAAUUACUGGAGAGGAACUAAUGUAGGAUUUUACACGAUCAUGGCUUCAAAAAAUUAUUUCACUGUCUUAUUUCCAAUUUCCUCAGGAACUAAUGUAAGCGUAUUUCGUAACUUAUUGCCAAUUUUUUCAAAAUAAAUUGAACAUUCUAUAGAUUUGCGAGGCUCCGUCUUCAAGAUGACUGACUGAUUGAUACUCGUUUUCCUGAAAAUACUGUGGCUGCUUGUAUGUAUGAUUUUCUUUAAAGAUUGCUUCAAUCAUUCUCAUCCAUGUUCUCCCCGAGAGCUUUGAUGAAGCUAGCCACAUGUGCUCGUGCUCUUGCUAUCUUCUGUAUGGUUCACCGUUUGGUUACAAGAAUGAAGGAUCAGUUAGAAUCAAUGGGUUUAUGUCUGAUACUUUGGGCCAGAUGUGUAGUCUAAGCGGCUGACCUUAAUAUCGGUCACCAUGAAUGUUUGAAAAAGGGCCAAAACAUGAUGAAUUUUCUUUUGUUUCUUUAUCUUCUAUAAAAAAAAAUCUAGAACGGUGGGGAGGUGGGAACUCAAGAUAUCAGCUUAAUUCAAGCACUACAAAGGACAGAGAUGGGGUUUUAUAAAAAAUUAUGUCCUAUAUUGGCAGUUGCCUUUCGAUGUAAUUCCGUUCUGAUGAUUUCCUACAGCCUAGGCUGUGAUGUAUAUCAUUUUAUACUUUAUGGUUGGAGUGGGUUCUAACCAAUCUUUUGAUUUUUAUGUCAUUUUAUCUAAGAUGAUAUUCCAUUCCAAGAAUCCAAGUUUCAGUUCUAAACCACCAUUAGAAUUUGGACAUGGUUGGCCAUAUGCUGAUCCAGUUCAGUACGCUGUGAUUUGCCAAAACAUAGUCAGUGUGAAUACAAGAAGAAUUUUUUUUUAUCAAAUGUCCUGUUAUUUUACGGAAUUCUGAUCUUUGAAGAUAUUAUGGUUUGACAGAUUACAUUGACUUAUGUGGGCUGGUUUCAAAUCGUUAUUAGAUAACCGGCAGUUCUACUGGACCGAACAAAUUAUCAGAUAUUUGAUCGGGCUUUGGAUGUACAUCUCUGUAUUUCUCAGAGGAGACAAGUAGAACAAUACUGCCAAAUAAUAAUAAUAAUAAUAAUCAUAACCUUGUUGGGGAAUAUACUUAUUGCCAUGUUUCUCUGUAACUCUAGCCAGAAUUACCUACCUGUGCAUGGAUGUAGCACAAUCUAGUAUGGGUUCUUGGGUUCUUGAAAAAAUUAGACUCGAGGAUCAGAUCAAGCAAUAUCUAGCACGAGUUCAAGACCUCGUUGAAGGCUCUGAACCCCAAUCUAACAAUGAAUUGAUGAUGAAUGGAUUAUGCCCUUUUACUUAAACUGCAUAUUUCUCUCCCAUUAAAUGUGGGAUUAGCCUGACAAUUCCUAGAAUCUCCAAGGUGUCCCUAGUUAAUUGGUCCAUCCAAUCACGUGAACAUGAUUAUUUGGGUGCAUUACUAUAACUUUUGUAACGGCUUUGAAAUGAAGAAUGUUUGGAACCAAUUUGUUCCAUCUUAUUUUCAUAAUAUCUAAUAUUUUACAUCCUUGAGACAAAUAUUCAUUUAUUUUCUUCUAUGUGGUAGGUUCUUGGGAGAUCCCCUGGCUUACUUGUGCACCUUAACAGAGCUGCCCAUCCUCAUGGCAGUGCUGGAAAGAAGAAGAGAAAGAGCAUGAAGAUUGCCAAGAUUGUGCAGUCGGCAUACUGUGAGGUAUGCAGUGUCGACUGCAACAGCCAAGAAGUUCUCUCUAACCACAAAGCUGGGAAGAGGCACAGAAAGAAUCUUGAGAAGCUGAAUGAACCCCUCAGACCGAAGCCCAGUAAGGCUCCACCAGAGGCCCCUCCACAGAAAGAAUCCCCGGCUGGUGAAGAUGAUAAGGCUGCCAUUGAGUCGAUGAAGAGGAGGUCGGCCCCGGUGGCUGACCAGGAUUUGGAGGUCAAGAAGCGGCGGCUCUUGGAAGAAGGGACGACGGUGGAAUCCAUGAAGGUGUGCACUCUCUGCAACAUCGUCUGCAACAGCGAGAUUGUAUAUGGCUAUCACAUUGCAGGCCAGAAACAUUCCUCCAUGGUGAGGAAGCUGGCGACAUCUGUCAAUUGA